AUGGCAUCCUCUAUCGAGCCUAUUACGGCUAUACCCGAUGGAUUCUUUCCUUCUUUGAUGCUGCAAGAGCGAAGUGUCAUGACUCUCAUCCCGCUGAAGCUGAAUCCGCGACAUUACUGGGCCGAGGCCACGGUCUUCUUGAACCAGAAGCUUCGCGAAGGCGUCCAUCCAGCUCGUGUGGGAAUCAUUGUCAGCUCUGCCCUUACAUUCACAGACUUGGGUGCAUACGAUGUGCUCUUCCUACAGUCAGUCAUGCGCAUGCUGUCGACUUUGCAUCAAAAGGGAAAGCUUGCGAAGUUGCCCGAGAAUGGCGUUUACGCGUUCUUCUCCAACACCUUUACGCGCUCUGCGACGAGACAAAGAGUUGCGUUCUUGAUUGAUAUGGCCGGUCGCUUCGAAGAUGUAAACCAAUUCAGUGUCGACGUCCUGGACCCUUAUGUUCAUCAGAUACUCUAUGAAGCACCGGAGUUGGAUGGUUGGUGCGUUCAGACUCUCGCCUUCAUGGUGCAGAAGGAACAGGAAGGUCUUCGCGAGUACGUGGAGGGACUUGAAUAUGAGCAGUUGAAACUCUCCAAGAUCCCACUCACCCCGGUUAUUGAUACCCAUACGGCUGCAAGCUUGGAGACUCCUCCUUCCGAACCAUACAGCGAAGAUAGCAUGAGCGCAUACGACUCGAGCGAAAAGAGCUCAAUCGACACCAUGUCCUCUACGCCUCCCAACGUUCAAGCUAGCUGUGAUGAUGAAUCAGAUCCGUUUUGGUCUCCAUCUUCCGCCGCAAAUACCUCAGCUGAACUCCGACCCUUCUCUCCGAGCAUGUGGAGUAAAAACAAGGAAGAGACUUUGCCUAUCACGAAUUGUCCUAAAUAUGACCAACUUGCUGGCCAAUUUACCUCCCAAGAUCAAGGUCAUUUCGGCAUCCGAUCCGGCAACCUGUCUUACUCCAGACGACGACAGAUCAACAUCCAAGUCAUGUCGAGAGUUCGAGGCCAGUCACCAUCGCGUAUGUCCAAGAACCAGAGUGAGCCAAUGCUCGACUUGAUGACCGAUCUCGCUGUUAAGAAGUGUACGCUGCAGAGCUCUUCUUCUGUCAAUCUAGCCGAGCCAAAGAAGGUUGAGAGGAGAUUGUUCGUAGAAGACAUGGAGGUUUUGGCAAGCAAGAGACGACAGGAGUUGGAGAGAAAGUGGCAACAGGAGUUGGAGAGAAGACAGCGAGAAGCUGAAGUUGUGCACGUCCAACCUCGCAAGCUGAUCGUUAUUGAUUGGGAUCUUACGGAUCUUUGA